UCUUUUUCUGAAAUAAAUUUCCUUGCCACAAGGUAAAUAAUCCGAAAAUGUCUGCAAAAUCGUGAUAAUUUUGUGUAUUUUUGCGUGAUUUAUGUGUUGAGCGGUGUUAUUGGGACCUAUGGAAAAAUCACUCCCACAAUCACACAACAAAAGGACACAAUGCCAGAACUGACAGAGUUAGACAAAGCCACCGCUUCCAUGACAGAGAAGCGCAAGGAGGAGACAGCGUCAUCUGACAGUGACUCCGAUGAUACCAUCCCAGAGCUGGAAGAUGCUGGAGCACCAGGAGCAGGGGGCAUCACAAACCCAAUUGCUGGUAUUGACAUAGUGUCAAAAGCCAAGCAGUCGCGCGGCGAGAAAAAAGCGCGUAAGAUCAUGAGCAAACUGGGACUUAAACCUGUACAAGGCGUCAACAGGGUAACAAUAAGGAAGUCAAAGAAUAUCCUCUUCGUGAUCAACUCCCCGGAUGUAUACAAGAAUCCUCAUUCAGACACGUACAUUGUAUUCGGCGAGGCAAAGAUUGAAGAUCUGUCGCAGCAGGCGACUAUGGCUGCGGCCGAGAGGUUCAAGGCUCCAGAAACACAAGCCGCUGGGAACGACGCUGCUGCCGCUGGCACUACGGUAGCACCAAUUGCAGAAGAAGAAGACGAAGAGGGAGUCGACGAGACCGAGAUCGAUGAAAAGGAUGUUGAGAUAGUGAUGACGCAGGCCAACGUCUCUCGAGCGAAGGCUGUGCGAGCCCUCAAGAACAACCAGUCGGACAUAGUCAACGCUAUCAUGGAGCUGACGAUGUAAGGGCCACGCGUAGCCUCAAGGAUUAUUUCAUAGGUUUUUAGUUUUAAGAUGGUUACUAUAAAGUAAAAGUGAAACGGCUGUUGUCUAUCUCUCUCACACCAGUAUAUAUCCACCAAAGACAAUCUCAAAAGGUACGAGAAGCGAAUUUGUUUUGGAAUGAAAAAGAGAUUGUAUAUAGAAUUAUUUACUUCUAAAUAAAAUAAAGUAUUGUAAACAUU